AUGUUCACCAACGGAAGGGCUCUCAGCAUCCUCUGUUUUGCGUUCACAGUUGGUGCGACAACCCAAACGUUCCUUGGUCUAGGCACUCCCAACCGUGGAACUUCAAGGCAGUCGUUUGCACAGUCCUUCACUGCGCCUUACGACGAAGGGUUGUUCAUGCCUGUUGAGGAACUCAGUGCACUCUCAGAGGCACAAUUCACCACCCUCGGCCAUCCUGUAUUCCCAAACUAUAGCGUCCGGAUUAAGAAGUCAUCUAAUUUCUGUGAUGGAACUGUGAACGCUUACACGAGGUACAUUGAUAUCGAGGCCAGGCAUCUAUUCUUUUACUUCUUCGAGAGCAGGGACGAUCCUGCUACAGAUGAUGUAAUCUUCUGGACUAAUGGUGGUCCCGGGGGUUCCUCCAGUCUUGGCGUCUAUGUGGAACUAGGACCUUGUCGAGUGGUGAACGACACUAGCACGCCAAUUGGUGUUGGUUUUUCGUACGCAGAUUAUGGAGAGACCGUGAGCACUACUGAGGAAGCUUCGAAAGAUAUCGCUGCGUUUGUUGCGAUUUUCUUUGAAAAUUUUACUCAGUUCAAGGGACGUGCGUUUCACAUGGCUGGAGAGUCUUAUGGAGGGCGUUACGUCCCAGUCUUUGCUGCUGCAGUUUACGACCAGAAUGCCAUGUUGACUGCGGCUGGUAUGACGCCAAUCAACCUCCAGUCUAUCAUGAUCGGUAACGGUAUAACCGACUUUUACACAAUGUCGGCGGCCUAUGUAGACAUGCAAUGCACCGGCGCAUCAGUCUUCCCUGUGCAGAGCAUCUCUUCCUGCAAUCGUAUGAAGCAAGCGCUCCCUCGGUGCCAAAAGUGGUUGACGGAAUCAUGCAUUGACCAGUUCGAUUUAAUGAGCUGUGAAGCAGCUGCAAAAUUCUGUGAAACCGAGAUAUCAGGUCCUUUUUUGGCGACCGGCGUGAAUCCCUACGAUCUCAGCAAGACCUGCGAUGGACCUAUCCAGGAGACGUUGUGUUACCCGAUCACGCUGUCUAUGGCAAAAUACCUUGACCAGCCCUCCGUGCGUCACAAACUCGGCGUGGAUCCCGCUGUCACAGGUGACUAUAGUGCCUACAAUAGUCAGGUUGGACAGGCUUUCUCGUUGGCUAUGGAUAGCUAUCACGCAACAUACCCUCACGUUGCCGCACUUCUUGAGCGCGGCGUACGCGCAUUGAUAUAUGUGGGUUCAUAUGACUGGAUUUGCAACUGGCUCGGUAACCAGGCGUGGACGCUCAACAUGGAAUGGAGCGGCAAAGAGGCGUUUUGGCAACAACCGUUCGAGUCUUGGCUGGUUGAGGGAAAAGUUGCUGGAAAGACUAGGAGUGCAAAUGGACUCACGUUUGCUACUGUGGAUGGUGCAGGCCAUAUGGUCCCGCGCGACAAACCCAAAGAAGCACUCACCAUGGUACAACGUUGGUUGGCUGGAAGUGGUUUGUAGGUGCUCACACAAAUACCCAAGUAUGUCCGUCUAUAGUACGUUCCCCCACAAAACUUGGAAGCAGAUACAAUUUUAUUUUGAGCUCU